AUGGCAUCUAUGAAUAAUAACGUGCCUGGUCCGAUGCAAAGAUCGGAUAUUACUAUGAGAUCAAAAGGGAGUACUAUGAGACAGGCUAGGAAAGAUAUUGGAGUUGUUCCCGAUCCGAAUACAAAUACAAAUGAACAAUUACAAGCUUUGUUCGUCACCAAGGAAGAGGAUACCGAUUCAGAUUUCUUUUCUUCCAUUCAAAUGGCUCAAUCAGUGUCGACUAGGACAAUGAAUAAGAACGUUGCUGCAUUAAAAUCACCUCUGAACAAAAAUAAUAUGGUCAACAGUAAUAGCAAUUUCUUAAAUACCCAAAUGCAUCUCGCCACAUUGCGAAACGGACUAAAUGAGUUUAAUAUUUCAAGUCAUAAUGAUUUGAAUAAUGACUUUUUAUUUUCCGAUCCCUCGAGCCCAAUGACAAAACAAUUAUCGAACCUAUCUCAUUCCACCACACAUAUAUCUCCCAUGCCAUUAUCAAGAAAUAUUUCGCUAAACAGCAGAAUUUUGAAUAAUAAUUCGCAGUCUGAAUUAAAUCACACUAGUGUUGCAUCGUCUGUUCCACAAGGUCUUCCAGCAAGGAAUUUGGUGCCAAGCAUGUUAGAUGCUACUGCUAGUCAUGACCUUAGAAAAACCAGUAGUUUCAUUAGUGUGCAAUCAAUGAAUGAAAUCAAAGAAAUUACUGGUCAGGAAGAGAAAUUAUCCAUAGAAAAAGACGACAAAAAGGAUCAAAAAGAUAGCACAUCCAAUACAUCAGAGCCUAGUAAGAACUUUACAUUUUUAGAUGAAGAUGAAGACUUACUAAGUUCAGAUGACGGGUCUGACAGUUUUUUAGAGUCUGACUUAGAUAUCGAGAUUGAAUCACAAAAUAUUGAAAUUGGUAUAAACAAUAAUAUUGACGCUAAUUCUUCACCAGAAGAAGUCAUCUCUCAAUCGAGUUCUAUUAGAGAAGAUAGUGUUAAAAUAACUAACUAUCCACAACCCGCGGCUAGUCCAGUCAAUACAGAGACUAAUAAAAUAUCCAAAGGCGCUGUGACUUCAUCUCCACGUUCGAAAUAUGAGCCAAGUUCUGGACCACAACUUUCAAAUGAUCUUAUUUCAAAAAAGAACGCCAGAGAGAACAUCGUAAGUGAAAAGAUUCCACAAGAGAAGAACGAAGUGAAAGGUAUAGUAAUACCAAAAAUUAUUUCAGAUAAUGAAAUAGAUGAUGCACCUACUAAUAGUAAUAAAGUUGUCCAAAAAUUGAGAAUGGAAAAACUAAAAUCUGAUGCGUACGAUUUUCCGAUGGAACUGUUUUCCAAAGCGAACAAGACUCAAAAUAUUAAACCUGCAUUAAUCCAGACCUCUAAUAUAUUUGUGUCACCAACGUUGAAACCAAUUCCAGAUACUCUGCAACAGAGAAAUGUAUCAAAUAAUCACAUUUCAAUUAAUUCAAUAUCACAUCCAAGCGCUGAUCCUGUCUCAAUUAAACCAAUGCCAUAUUCACAUGCUGAAACAAUUAAAACAAAGAAUAACAUGCCCGAUAAAUAUGCACCUGCAUCUGCUUCUUUACCCAUAUCUAAUACUACAAGUAAUUCUAUUCACCCACCUCCAAUAAAAAGAAAACUAGGAAAUUCUGCCAUUCUAUCAAAUAAUGAAAUUAGUCCACCUGCGCUCGAUAAAGGGAUGAGAAAUAUACCAAUUAAGGAUAAAGAAUACAAUAAUAUUAAUACUGUCAAUACUACCAAUUUGGGCAGUGCUUCAAUUAGUAUGUUCCGCAAAAAUGGGUUCAAUUCAGAGAUAAAUCUUGCGAAAAGUGAAAUCAGUUCCCCUUUGCCAAUUCGCCGUUCUAAUUCAAAUCUUCUUUUCGAAUACACUAACUAUGACAACCCUUCCCUAAACACAAUUGAAACUGAGAAAGAUACUACAACAACUAGCACCGAUAUAGCAGUUAGUUCCAACGAAAAUAUAGACCAAGAAACAAACGAGUCAAUCAAAGCUCACCAUACAGGUCUAACAAAAGCUCCAAGAAUCACUACAAUUACUAAGAAUAAAACUUACUCAAACACUAAUCUUAAAAAUCUUAUUUCGAAAGAUUCUACUUUAGGUAAAGAUUAUAAUGACCAUGACAUAACUACUGCUAAUGACAUAUCUGACAAAAUUGGGAUACAAGCAAAUACGGUCUUGGAACUUGCGGAUAAAUGUUCAGAAAGUUCAACUGCCCAUGAUGUAAAAUCGAAUCAUCAAAGUUCACCACCUCCUAUCUCAAACCCUAGUAUAAUUUCGAAAGCAGAGAUAACAGUAAAAGAAUUACCAGAACAUGAGGAAAUAGAAAAUGUUCAGAGAGAAGAGAAAGAAGGAGAAGACGAAAAAGACGAAGAAGGGAAAGAAGAGAAAGUAGAGGAAAAGGAACAAAAACAAGAACAAGAACAAGAACAAGAACAAGAACAAGAACAAGAACAAAAAGUACCAAAUAAAGAGAUCCUACCAGAAGGACAACAGAAAAUAGUAGAGAAAUCACAAAAUGAACAAAAAGCAAAAGCCACUGAUGUUGUUGCUGAAAUAAAACCUGAUCCAACUGGUGAACUCCUGAAUAUAGCAGAUGAUCAUCUAAAUAGAAAUAUUAACAAUUCAUCUAGGAUCGACUGGCCAAAUAUUAUCUCUACAAUGGAAUUUAAUAAAGAAACAGUUGCAAAGUUAUCUGAGGCAACUAUUAAAUCAUUUCCAGGCCCGUUAUCCAUCGACAUAAGUACCAAAGAGGCUAUUCUUAACUGGAUAGAUUCUGCAUUAAAAUCAUCUGGACCAGAUAGCUAUAUAAAUUUAGUACUGAGAAUUUUCAAGAUGAAGUUAAAUCCAGAAACAUAUUUGUCUUCAUAUGCAAACCUUUUGUUUAAAAAUAAUGACUUUGAUCUUUUAGAGAAAUCCGUCACUAACUGCUUCACUUACAAACAAUCCUCUGGGGAAGCAUUGAAUCAAUUAGAACUAUUAAAUCUCAUACAAUCCAACGAAAAAGAGAAGGCUUUAAAGCUAGCUUUCAAGUCAAAAGACUUUACAAUGGCGUUAUUUUUAGCGACCUCAAUGGAAUCUAAAUAUAUUUUUGAAGCACUCAAUAAAUAUUUCGAUAGUUUUUAUGAGGUCAGGAAUACCAACACAACUUUUAUGAAUUUAUUAAAAUUGACUUUUCAAGUUACUUUUGGUGCUAGUAAUAUAGUGCUUGAGUUACUUAACAAUGAUACUGAAUAUUUUGAAUGGGCAUCCACAAACUGGAACUGGAUCUGUGCAUUGUUAUUGAAUAAUAUGAGUUCGACAACUUUGAAAGACAGCCAACAACGUAAUAUAGCAAAUUACACUUACGAUUUUUUAUUUCAUUUUGGUCUAUUAAUGAUGGAAAAACAUUAUCACGCUGAAUCUUCUGUGAUAUUUAUUAUUUUAGACAUACCAUUAACAAAUGAUGAAUUGGUUUCUAAUAAUGCUCUAAGGUUUAAUCGUUUAGCCGAACCAAGAAGUAUCACUACCACUAUAUUGUCUGAGAUAUACGAAUAUGUGUUCAAUCUCAAUACCAAACAAUUUAGAGCAUUCCCAUUAUUCACAGAGAAAGCAGAGCAUUCCCAAUAUUUAUUCAAUAAUAAUAACAAAGAAGGUGCAAAAGCUUAUGCAGAACAGCUAUUUAAUGAUGCAAAAAAAUUGGAUAUUGUUUUAGAUACUACAGAGAAAGAAAAUCUUGAGACAAUAAUAAACUUAUUUAAUACUGUGUCAGAUAGUCAAAAAGUUAAUGAACCGAAAUCAAUGAUAACAAGUAAAUCAAAUAUAAAUUCAAUCCAACCUGAAAAACAGAAAGUAAAUGCACCUUCGAUCAAAGAACUCAUUGAUCAAGGAAGCCCUGGAAAUAUUUUUGUCCCACCAACAAAUGCUUUUGGAAAAGAGUACAAAUCUGAUGUAUCUAUGGAUGAUUCUACAGAUAAUGGAGAUAUUAGUGUUAUACGUAGAGAUCUUUUUUCAAUCAUAAAUAAUGACAUUAACAAAAACCCUGUGCCGGUUAAUGUUUUAUCAGAUUUAAAUAUAACAAAUUCUGUUGGCUUUCAAAAUGAUAAUCCAUAUAUGCCAAAGAAAAAUGUUAUAGAAAAGAGUAGUAAUCCCUAUACCUUUAAUAAUCCCUCAAUUCCUAAGCCACCUCAGAUAACAAAUACUAAUUCUUAUUCUUCUCAAAAGUCCGAGCAAGCUCUUGAUCAACCAUCCUACAAAACCAAAUCGGAUCCAUUUAGUCACACGACCUCUCAAUCGUUAGAUGAUUCAAAGCCAAAUGUUUUUACGAAUAGUUCUCACAACACCUCAAAUACUAUUGCGAAUGCAUUGACACUUAACCCGGUUGGAAUAUAUCAGUCAUCAGAUAUUAAAUUAAAAUCAAACAAUGAGAUUUCCUCUUUUACUUCGGUCCCUGCUAAUAUCAAGAGAAGGUUAGAUUCUAUAACAGACAAUACUACUGUAACUGAGCGUUUAUUUGAACCAGUGAUUAAAAUCGGUGCCUGGAACCCUAGUGGUACAAUUAGACCAGUUCGUACAGAUGCUAUUAUUUACAACGAUAUUGUUGAGGAUGAAUCAGAAGAUGAGGAUGAGAUGAGGUCUAAAUUAAGAACAGAAAUAAUCCCAGACGUUCAAGGUAUUGAAAAGAAAAAUGCAGAUUAUGAUGAAUUUCCUGAUAAAAACAAUAAAAAUGGAGGUGAUUCUGACACUAAUUCUCUCAAUGGAGAACGCAUUGAAUCUGGGUGGUUUACUUGGUUGAAAAAAGAUCCCAAUGAAAAGAAAGCAAUUAAAGCUAAGAUGGGCAAUAAAUCGACAUUUUAUUAUGACAAGGACUUAAAACGUUGGAUAAGCAAGAAUUUUUCAGAAGAAGAAAAACAAGCAAUGGCGGAUGCAGUAACCCCACCUCCACCACCAAUUGUCAAGAAGGUCUUUGAUAACUCCAAACCUCCUCCAUCAAAUACUGAAUAUCGUAAACCAAGUAUUGUGAUGAAUACUUCAACCCCAGUAAAGCCAGUUUCUCAAGUUAACAAUGUAGCUUUUGACAUGCAAACGACAUCCAAACCUUCGGUGUUUCCGCCUAUGUUAGCGGGAUCAGGAAGCAAGGCUUCCGUUCUAUCUGGAAAGAAAUCAAAUGAAUUAGAUGAUAUUUUAUCAAUAUCAAGAAACCCAGGAGCUUCAAGAAAGAAGAAGAAAGCUGGAAGAGGUUAUGUCAAUGCUUUAGAGACUAAAUAA